UUAGGUAUUGAAAGUUACCAAGAAGAUAUGUAUGACGAUCUUCUCAAAGGUAACCAAUACGGAUAUGAGUCAGAUGAAGAAGACCAUAGAUGAGAUGAAGGACAAGAAGUCUGAAGCUGUUUCGAAGAAGGAUUUUGAAGCUUUAUUGAGUAAAGCGAAAUCGGGUGAUCUGAAGAGUCUGCUGGAACUCAAGCAGGGAUUGAAAGGUUUGAUCCAGGAAGCUAAGGACAAGAAACAGUUGCCACCUGCUGCCCACGAAAUCGUUGAUCCUUAUUUGAGCAAGGCGAAGAAGAUCGAUGCAAAGUACAUUUUGGAUCUGAUGGGGAAGGGAUUGAAUAUACUGAAGAAGAAGUUGGAUGAACCUGUGGCUAAGCCGGGAGAGAGAAGACCAAUGAAAUUCCCUUACACUUUCUCGGCGAAGAUUGCCCAAUUUCCAUGGGUGUAUUACGCCAAGAACAAUUGGAUCUAUAGAUACUACUUCAUUUCGCUGAUUUGCUGCCUACCAAUUUUCAGUAAAAUUUCAAAAUUAUCAAAUUCUGAGGGCAACAAGAAGAAGUGGCAAGCAAGUUUGGAUAAGGAAGAGGCGGAAUACAAAGAGCAUCACCAUUAA